AUGGAAGCUUCAGUAUCACCAUCAGCUGGCACUGGGCUGCCUGGUCUUGGUCUAUCGAUGACACCCUUCUCUAUACCUGAAUCUUCAGUGUCGAUGAAGUCAACUGUAUCUGCAAAUGAAACAGGCAUUGAAGGAAGGAUUCAAGAAGAGGAAGAAGAAAUGAAAAGACUGGGAGAAAAGGGAGAAACGACAUAUAUGGAAGCUUCAGUAUCACCAUCAGCUGGCACUGGGCUGCCUGGUCUUGGUCUAUCGAUGACACCCUUCUCUAUACCUGAAUCUUCAGUGUCGAUGAAGUCAACUGUAUCUGCAAAUGAAACAGGCAUUGAAGGAAGGAUUCAAGAAGAGGAAGAAGAACAGGAAUACAAAAAAUUGGGCGAAAAAGGAGAAACGACAUAUAUGGAAGCUUCAGUAUCACCAUCAGCUGGCACUGGGCUGCCUGGUCUUGGUCUAUCGAUGACACCCUUCUCUAUACCUGAAUCUUCAGUGUCGAUGAAGUCAACUGUAUCUGCAAAUGAAACAGGCAUUGAAGGAAGGAUUCAAGAAGAGGAAGAAGAAAUGAAAAGACUGGGAGAAAAGGGAGAAACGACAUAUAUGGAAGCUUCAGUAUCACCAUCAGCUGGCACUGGGCUGCCUGGUCUUGGUCUAUCGAUGACACCCUUCUCUAUACCUGAAUCUUCAGUGUCGAUGAAGUCAACUGUAUCUGCAAAUGAAACAGGCAUUGAAGGAAGGAUUCAAGAAGAGGAAGAAGAAAUGAAAAGACUGGGAGAAAAGGGAGAAACGACAUAUAUGGAAGCUUCAGUAUCACCAUCAGCUGGCACUGGGCUGCCUGGUCUUGGUCUAUCGAUGACACCCUUCUCUAUACCUGAAUCUUCAGUGUCGAUGAAGUCAACUGUAUCUGCAAAUGAAACAGGCAUUGAAGGAAGAUUCAGAAGAAGAGGAAGAAGAAAGGAAUACAAAAAUUGA